GCGCUGUCCUCCUCCCCCUCCUUCCCCGACCCCGAGGCGGCCAUCGUGGUGGCUGGGAGAGGGGCCACGGCCUCCCCCCCGCCAUAAAGGAAACGCCGGGGGCUAACCGCACGGCCGCCACAUCCAGAGAAGGCAGCGAACGCGAUGCGAUUCGGGGCCACCGGUGCGGCGGCGAUGGUGACUACGGCAGCGCCCCGGUUACUCUCCCUGUGGCUGGCGCUGUGGCUGGCGACCGGCGCCGAGGCCGUCCUGCUCGGAAUGCUGCUACGUCGAAGCACCCUGGGCUCCAUGAUACCCAAGCCGUCCAUCAAGAUCUACCGUGACCUGGACAACGGUCACGGGUCCGGCCUGCGCUCGGGCUUCAAGGUGGGCAUCGACGCCACCUUCGGCGGCAGCAACUCGAAGGAGCAGAAGCAGGAGUACGACGACGCCCUCGGGGCCAAGUACCACCACCACCACCACGACGACUACAAGCUGCAGCAGGGAGACUACGACCUGCACAGGUACCAGAAGAGCCCGUCGAUCACGGUGGAAAUCCGGGCGCGCGAACCGCCCGAACCGCCGACCACCGAGCCGCCACCGCCGCCGCCGCCCAAGGGAUUCUCACUGAGGCGCAUCGUCAAACGUCGCCGCAAGAACCGACGCACCACGACGCCACCCCCGCUGACACUGCCGCUGACGGUACCGCCAGACAUGUCCCUGAUGCCAGCGUACCGCAAGGAGCUCAUGUACCCGGAGUACGCGUUCGGCCCUUACAAGGGACACACGCUCAUGGGAUUCACCUACGACGGACAGGACUUCAAGAGCUAGCUCUCUCGUAGAGGCAUCCGGCUCUCUUCGACGGAACAACGAUUGCACAAAUCCGUCGUCCACCAACCGUUGAAGAAGCUGCAUACACACAUUGUCAUUCCGGACUGCAGGGUGGUGAAUACGCUGCACCGACUACAUGCGCGCGAGGUUCAAACCGUUUUCCGCAUUGUCUGAACCGCCUGUCUGUCGUCACAAAGAGGCUGUAGCGAGGUGACGUGUUCGAGUUCUAACGAGACGAGAACAGACAACAUUGUAAAGUUGCCUACGUGAAGGGACUACGCUCAAAGGGACAGGUAAUGCUUCCCGGAGAGAAGGCAACUGCGAGAGAAGUUUGGGUGCGCGCCACCAGGGUUGACGGGACGCGGGGCGUUCACGUGUGACCUUCAGGACAGAAGUACGGAUUCCUGCUGAGACAAGACAGAAUCACCAAGCACCAGUUAAGUGCGGAUAGGAAUCAUCGUUUGGAGGCAAUACUCGGCUCAUGCAUGUCGAUGGCUAACGCCCUCACGUUGGAGACUUGGUCGCAGUGACGGACUCGUUACCUUUGCAAUCACGCCGACAAGCUGCAUAUACAAAAGUGUUUUAGGAGGUAGCCCACUCAGAACAACCAGUUGGUAUUCUUGAGGCGAGCACCUCGAAAAAAAAAAAAAAAGGCUUAUUACGAAGGCAAGGAAAACGGAAACAAGCACUGUGUCAACAUUCCUUGCCUUCGUAAUAAGUAUUUUUUAGUAUUAUUUUCGCGCUGCUCGCCUGCAGAAUUGAAUACAAGCUCGCCCAAGAAACAAUGCUUCUGUUAGCACUGCUUGUUAUUGUGCAAAAUUACGCUCCGCCACCACGACUGUUCAUGUUCACUCUAAAAAUGCACGAAGGUCGACAUCAUUCUCAAUACAACAAAGUUCCAUGUACAUUCGUGCGAUUAUUUUUACACUAUCCUCACAACAAUCGGUCUCACUGUUCCACACUAUGUGUAUGAAUGUCUUAUUCUUUCAUUUUUGUUCACAGUGCCCGCAGGCUCAUUCAGUAAACACAUUUCGUGAGGGAAGGAAUCCACUUAAAUGGGAAAGCAUCUGUUACGAAAUCACGUAAUUCAAAUACAUCAACUACACCAUAACAUUGCGUAGAUAUCAAAUCCAGGAUGAGUUGACAAUUGCUAUCCAAGACGUGCUACACAAAACAUGAAGUCCAACAAAACAGAGGGUGUAAGCCAUGAGACGCCGGAUAUUUCUGGUGCACUAAAUUCCUCGCCGAACGCCGGGCCCAUAACGCCCAUCCACAUGUUAUACUCGUCGAGUCAAAGUUGACGGGAAAUGGGGGCAUGCACGCCGAAGUUACGUCGCCUGCGUUUCCUGCUCGCGUUUACCAACGCGGUUCUCCCCACUUGCGGAAUGCCGAUUCAGAUACUGAAAACUCUUGCGGCUGGCUCGAGCCUCGCGGAAGACCGAAUUGGAAGCGACGUGCCGGCCCAGUUCCAUGCCGGUUCGGCAAGCAGUGGAAGAGCAUCUGCACAGACACUG